AGCGGCUUCCAAAAGCGGGAAAAAAAAAAAUGGUGGCAACCAAGAUGGCGGACCGAGUGGUUUUCCGGAGAAGUUUCAAAUUUAGGAUUUAACAGAUUCAUAGCAAAUAUAGCAACACAUAUAUCUUGCCCACGUAUCGGAAGUUGAGUUUGGAGCGACGGGGAGUUGCCUGAAGUGAAGUUUGAAGACGUGAUAGAAGACGGACGACUACUGCUAUGCUAAGAUGGCGACGUCCGCUAAAAGAGAACAUGAAAGAGAAUCAACUUCCAGCAAAUCACCAACGGAGAUAAAGACGAAAGAUGAAGGGUUUUGAAGAGUUUUCCCACGUGUAAACAUGCCCUGUUGUGCAGCACCGGGCUGCUCCUAUCGAAAUACCUCGGGGAAGCAUAUGCACCGCUUUCCCCGCGACCCAGAAAGGAGAAAAAUAUGGGAAGUGAACGUUGGCCGGGAAGGCUGGAGAGCCAACGACUACAGUAUCUUGUGCGAGGAUCAUUUUGAUGAGACACAAUACGAGCAACGUAGAGCUGACGGCCUAAAGAAGUUGAGAACAAAUGCCGUGCCAACACUGUUUGCAUUUAGCACGAUGAUUGUGCUGCCGACAAGACAUCGGAGGACACACAGAGCGGAUGCAUCGCCUCCCCUGUCAAAGAGGAUACAACUGGAACACGCGUAUUAUCAGCGAUCUCUUCUAGCUGGCACUCGGGAGAAAGCAAUUCAUCAUAGUGAAGAUGGCGUCCAGCAGCUAAUUGGUCAUCCAGAAGAACUUCCCUCUCUGCAAGGGGGGGUCUCCACUUUGAAUGAGGAGGUUCCACACCCCCUCUACGUUAAAGAGGAAGAUGAGGAACUCUGGAUCACUCAGGAGGGAGAGUGUCUUCUCGGGCAGGAGGAGGCUGAUCUCACUCAGUUGCCACUGACUAUUGUCUCUGUGAAGACUGAAGAAGAUGAAGACAAAACACCAGACUCUUUUCAUUGGUGUCCUUCAGACGUCCAGGAGGUGGUUGAACAUCCAGAAGAACUUCCCCCUCCGCUGUGGGGGGAGAGCUCUACUUUGAAGCAGAAGACUCCACAGCCACCCCACAUUAAAAAGGAAGAGGAGGAACUCUGGAUCACUCAGGAGGGAGAGUGUCUUCUAGAACCACAGGAGGCUGAUCUCACCAAGUUGCCACUGACUGUUGUCUCUGUGAAGACUGAAGAUGAUGAAGAGAAACCACAAGCAGACAACCUCUUAGCUCCACUAUCAGACAGUGAAUCUGAAGGCGAGGUUGAAGUACCUUUGAGCAGCAAUACAGACUCUGAAGGUGAUAUGCGGAUUCACACUGACAACAAACACUCUAAAAAGAAGAGAGGUAAAAAAUGUUUUAGCUGUUCGGUUUGUGCUAAAAUUUUUACUCACAGGAGCAAUUUGGAUAAACAUAUGAGAACGCACACAGGAGAAAAACCAUUCAAUUGUUCAAUUUGUCCGAAAAGCUUUUCUCUAAAGACUCAUUUGAUUCAACACACGAGAACACACACAGGAGAAAAACCAUUUAAUUGUUCAGUUUGCGGCAAAGGCUUUACUCAAAAUGGCAGCUUGACUCAACACUUGAGAACGCACACAGGAGAAAAACCAUUUAACUGCGCAGUUUGCGGUACAAGCUUUUUUUCCAGAGCAGGGUUGACCCUACACACAAUGAAACACACGGGGGAAAAAACAUUUAAUUGUUCAGUUUGUGAUAAAAGCUUUACUCACAAGGGCAGUUUGGCUCAACACGUAAGAACACAUACAGGAGAUAAACAAUUCGGUUGCUCAGCUUGUAGUAAAAGCUUUUCUCUAAAAAGAUAUUUGACUCAACACAUGAAAACACACACAGGUAAAAAGCAAUUAAAUUGCUCCGUUUGUGACAAAAGGUUUUCUCAAAAAAGAAAUUUGACUAAACACAUGACAACUCACACAGGAGAAAAGCAAUUAAGUUGCUCAGUUUUUGGUAAAAGUGUUUUUCUCGACACAUAAUGAAAGACACUGAUGGAAAAACCAUUCAUAUUCUCUAUGAAAUUGCUGGAUUGCAACCGUUGACCUAAAGACGGUCCCUUUCCAAGAUGGCGGGAAAACCUUCAAUAUACUUAGUUUAUUCACCUUUAGCAGCACAGGUAUAUAAGUGUAUUUUAAAGGCUAGAGCUGACUCCACAAACCAAAUAUCAUCCACAAAUAUGUGAAUGUGGUGGAGUGGAUAAAUACUCUCUUAAGAACAAAUACUUUUCUCAGCAUUUAUAAGUAAUAUCAAACUGCACUUUUCAGGCUAUCUGGUUGACCACAAUUGAAGUAACACUCACAGGAAGUAAAUGUACAAAAGGUAUGGAGGUACAUCGUUGCUUUACAUCUGGAUGGGUCCACAAAUUAAGCAUUAAGCCACGAAAGACAAUGUUGGACUUAUUCAUGCAUCCAUAAAUGAUGUAUUUAAUGGAUGUUAAGAAUACCAUGACUGCUGUGUGACAUGGUGCUGGUUGGCAUAUAACAAAAGUGAUAAAUCAUACAUCGAUCUCGUGUAUGAUGCUAAUAACCGCAGCUCUACAACUUUGAUUGGUUAAAAACAACAAACAGUAUUUACCUCACUUUCCUUUUGGAUUACAGAUGUUAGGGCUGUACAAUUUGGGGCCACAAAUUAAAUCCUUAUUUAAUGUCUUUUGAAGACUUGAUUUUCGAUUGUGAUUCCAUUUUAUUUUUUUUAACUACAUAAUUUAAUUUGUACAGAAAUAAACUGACAUAACAACAAAAGAAAGGUUAUUACUAUCAUUUAAUAUAUUUAUUGUUACUUAAUGACUUUUUGGUAAAAAAAAAAAUUCUCAUUAAUUAAAUUAUUGUGUAUCGGUAUUUCACUUCUACUGUGUGCCUUGGGUCCAUAGCAAAACUGUGUUCCACAAAUGGCCCCUGGACCACACUUUGAACACCACUGGUUUACUUGUUUCACCUGGAAGACAAAGUGUAGGCGAAAGAGUGUGUCUAAGCCAGGGGUCGGCAACCCGCGGCUCCGGAGCCGCAUGCGGCUCUUUGAUCACUCUGAUGCGGCUCAGCUGCAUACUUGCCGACCCUCCCAAUUUUCCCGGGAGAUUUCCGGAUUUCGGUGCCUCUCGCAGAAAACUCCCGGGAUUAAAAUUCUCCGAUUUUCACCCUAUCAAUAAUAAUAAGGGCGUGCCAUGAUGGUACAGCAUUCAGCGCCCUCUACCAUCUGUACAAACAGCGUGCCA